GAAUGGCGGCCAUGUUAUCCGCGUCUUUGUGCUUAUCACGACUGUGUAAGCUUGGCUUCAGCAUGGGGACUUGGGCCACCGACUACUUCCAUUGAGCCACGUCCAACGGGAGCCUCUCAGGCCCAGAGCCCCUGUGAAGAUGAUAAUGGUGAUGGUAAAUGCAAUGAUUUGCUGGCAAAUUGUCCGGCCUUCAGGAACGAACUUGGUGGUGAGCCAACGCGACGCUUGGCUCUUUCUCGACGUUUUAACAUUACGCCAGCUGAAAGUCUCAGAAACGAUAAUGAAACCUGGCAGCGAGAACACACUGCAUCAGAAAUUGGUAUUUUGGAAGAUGUCAGCAAUGUAUACCUUGGCGGCAGGUAA